AUGACAAAAAAUACAACCUCAACAAAGAGAACUAGGAAACAUGAAAAUGAAGAGAAAUCAAGAGAUAAACAAUUUGAUGAUUUCAUUUUGUCUUUGACAAAAAAUAGUAUUUCGAGUUUCGAGCAUACCGGAAUAAAUAAGAAAAGAAGAGUUCUGGAUGGACAGUUGGCUUCCAAAAGAGAAAUUGUUGUGACACACAAGGAUGAAUCACUCCAUAGUAUUUUUAAUAAAUUAUUAAAUAAUAAUAUUUUAUCUUGUCCUGUUCUAAAACAAGGUGAAUUGUUUUAUGGAAUGAUUGAUCUUUUGGAUAUUCUUAAGUUUAUUGUUGACGAAGUUGGAAAAAGUAAUGUAGAUAAAUUAAAAAAUGACCAACAAAUCAUUAAUAGACAUUUAAAGAAAAUCACUUCUUUAUUUGACUUGGAAGAGUUUAAAACUACCAAAUUAUCACCUGGUACUACAAUGUUCUCUGCUUUCGAAGUUUUAUCGAAGCAAGGAAUUAAUAGAAUUGCUGUGGUUGAUGACAGAGAUGAAAUCAUUGAUAUCAUAACAGAGUUUGAUCUAAUCCAUUGGGUCUAUGAGAACUGUGAUAGACUUGGAAGUCGCCGUUAUCGAAAAGUUGGUGAUAUGAGUGCAGCCAACCAGUAUGUAAUGUCGGUUCUAGAGGACGAACAGGUAAUCGAUGCAUUCAAGCUCAUCAAAAUCAUGGGUGUUGGAGGUGUAGCUGUUAUUAAAGAAGAUGGAACUCUUGUUGGUAAUCUUUCAUCUCGAGAUAUCAAGAAGAUCGGUAAGAAUGGAGAGAACUGGAAGAGAAUGUUCCAACCUGUGUUUGAAUUUAUAGAUAGAGAGCCGAUUACAUGUUCGGUGGAGAGCUCUUUAGAGGAUAUCUUGGAGAUAUUCGUAUCUAAAUCGGUUCAUCGCGUGUAUAUUGUUGACAACAUGUUCAAGACCCAGGGAGUAAUUACAUUGCGUGAUCUCAUUGGAGAACUAAUGCCAAUGAGUAACCACCCUAACCUACUAAUAUUCGAGGGAGAUCUAUCAAAGCCGUACCUACAGGUGGAGGCCGAUGAAGUUGAACAAUCAUCAUCAAACAAACCAUUGACUGCUGAUCAAUAA